AUGAAGAGGGCCACGUCGACGUGGUUCCAUGCGCAGGCGGCGGCGGCGGCGGCGGCGGGAGCGGAGGACGACCUAUUGCUGGCGUUGACGCCGGCGGGCAGAAGGCUAGACCGGUACGACGAGCAAGCCCAGACGGUGUGCGUGGACGGCAAGACGGUGCGGCUGUUCCAGUGCCUCUUCUGCGACAAGACGUUCCUCAAGUCGCAGGCGCUUGGCGGCCACCAGAACGCGCACCGCAAGGACCGCCUCGCCGGAGUCCUCGGCGACCCCUACAACAACGACAGCCUGUUGGGAGGUGCCGCCACCGGGCCGUCCUGCGAUUCUGCUGCCGGCUGGUCCAUGUGCACUUACAUCGCCUCGCACGGCGGUGGCGCCGCGGUGGCUCCAGCCACCGAUGACUCCAGGCAAGAGAGGUGGGGAGGCGGCCGCGCUCCACGCUUCGCAGAGCCCGCGCCGCUCCUGGACCCGUCCACUGGCCGCGACGGCGUGAUGAGCCGGUCAAGGGCCUCCGUCCCUAGCGGCGGCGGCGGCGGCGAGGCGCCGGACCUCGAGCUGCACCUCUAG